CGGGCGGUCACAAGUCAACAACUUGAAUUAUAACCCCUAAAAUAAUCAGAAUGCCUCUCGACUAUCGUAGAUUUAACGGCCCAGAAGACAGUGUAUCCUAUAAACGUUUCACAAAAGACUAUUUCAAAACCUACGACGAGCUGCACAAAGAUUUAUUAAACGACAAAGGGUCACGGAAAGAUGGGCGCGCUCUAUCCGAAGCCCGAAGCAUGUUUGCGAGGACAGACAUGGUAUCACAAGCAAAGGGGUCGGCAUAUGUAGAAUUGAAGAAAACUAAAGUUGUAUGUUCUGUUUUUGAUCCCAGAGAAAUACCCCACCAGAACGAGUUCAGCCAACUGGGUCAAUUGUACUGUGAAGUCAAGUUUGCUCCAUUCUCGUGUCCCCGCGAACGCCGGCCGCACGCGCCGGACACUGAAGAGAAGGCAUUGUCUGUAGCGCUGAGACAGGCGCUGGAGCCAGCGGUCUGCAGGCAUUUGUUUCCUAAUUACCAGAUUGAUGUCUUUGUCUACAUUUUGGAACACGACGGAGCCUGCCUAGCAGCAGCCAUCAAUGCGGCAGGCCUAGCAUUAGGAGACGCUGCAGUCCCCAUGUACGAUAUAAUCACUGCUUGCUCCUUAGCUGUCAUCGGAGACAAGACAUUUAUAGAUCCCACCGAGGCUGAAGAGCAUGUAGCCGUAAUGAGCCCAGGAUACAACACUAACCAUGGAACGGUCACCAUGUCUAUGUUAUCAGGGUUAAAACAGAUAUCGGACUUCAGAUUGACGGGCUCAAUGGAUGUUGAAUUUACAACAAACGCUAUGGAGAUUUUAGAAAAAGAGUGCGAUAGAAUUGUUCCAAAUAUACAGAAGGUUCUUGUUGUAAAUGUUGUGAACCGUUUGAAACAACAGGCAGUUUUAAAAGAGGAAGCUAAGAAGAGGGAAGAAUCGUUGAAUGUGAAGAUGGAGGAGUGGAAAUCAUUAUUAAAUGCUGGAUGAAGUUUAUAUUAAACUCUGAAAUAUUUGGAAGAACUUCAUAUUGAGAAGCAAGAUGCCAACAACCCGGACGGGCUGUGCUUUGAUCCCAGAACUAUGAUAGCCAUUGGGCCAUCGUUGCGAAUUUUGAAUGUAUCAGAGAACAAGCUGACAGAUGUUGCAUGGGCUAAACCACUCCGUCGAUUGGAAGUGCUGAUAGCCAAGAAGAAUAACCUAAAUGAUUUUUCCGAUGUCGCAGAUGGCCUUUGCACAUUGAUAUCACUAGUGGAUGUGAAUUUCUUAGGCAACCCAAUGACCAAAAAACAUCGAUAUAAGGAAACAAUCAUAGCAAGAUGUUCGCAAUUGCGAGUCUUAGAUACAGUGGUCUUGCACACUGCAUCCAAAACUUUCCUCCGAAGUUUUGAUAAAGCCCUGCGACUACGCCAAAUGCACGAAAAUAAUAAAAUCAGCAUGACACAACGAGGCGUAGAUGAAUUCCUCGAACUUAAUAUGUUGCCGGGGCCACGAGCUCAUAGCGCCAUCACUAUUGCCGAGACGGAGAAGAACCGAAAAUCGAAUGUGACCGUAGUCGACGCUACCAGCAACUUAAUGCCACGCAAUUUUUGGAAUAGAACAUUACCAUCUCCCAACGAAACUAUAGCUCCUCCGAGUGAAGCACAGAAAGGAAAAGAAGCUUUUACUGACUCCUAUGAGCAACCACUUAAGGGAAUCUUGAAGAAACCCAUGCCUAUGAAAUAUAUUUAAUAAUUUAU